CAAGCCAACAUGUAAAGUAAAGCACACACAAUCCAUGGCAUAAUUAGAGGUUAAAUAUUUCUUUGGGAUUCCAAUUUGGCGGGCUCUUUGUUCAUCGCCACCAUAUCCCCAAAGCAUUUACAUUUUUCAUGUUUUGUUUUCCAAAUCCCAAAACCCCUUUUUCCUUUGCUCUUCGAUAUUGAAAAAGAAAAAGUCUCCAACUUUACAUGCAUUCGCAGCUCACCGAUGAAAUUAUAAAAGUUUCGAGUUUUGGGUUGUAUUGCUUGUGAAGUCUCAAAAUUUCUCUUCAACAAUCAAGACCCAGAAAAAAAGACCAUCUUUUUUGAUGGGUUACCUUUCUUGCAAAGCAGAAUCGGCAGUCUCUGUAAUCUCCGCCGCCAAAACGACCCAGAAUUCAUCUUCGAAAGCUGCCGCCGCCGACAAGCAGGAAAAAUCCAUCAAGAUCCAACAGUUUGAUUACUGCGACCUUGAAGCAGCCACCAAGGGCUUCUCUGACCAAAGGCUUCUAGGCAAAGGUAGCCAUGGUGCUGUCUACAAGGCUGUUCUCAGGGGACGUCACGUUGCCAUCAAGAGACCGUCUUCGAGGAACCAAGAAACCAACCAAGAAGCCGAUAACGAGAUCGAUAUCUUGUCAACGAUUCGGAGUCCCAGAUUGGUUAAUCUUCUUGGCUUUUCUAACGACGCUAAACAUCGGUUGUUGGUUGUUGAAUUUAUGAGUAAUGGCACAUUGUAUGAUGUUCUUCACUCUAAUUCUUCAAGGCCUUUGAAUUGGGGUCGAAGAAUUCGAUUAGCUUUGCAAGUUGCCAAAGCCUUAGAGACACUUCACUCACAAAAACCUCCAAUUAUCCAUAGGGAUGUUAAAUCUGCUAAUGUGUUGAUUGAUAGGAAUUUCAAUGCAAGACUGGGUGAUUUUGGGUUGGCACUUAGGUGUGGUGUUGAUGAUUACAGGCUUAGAUCAACCCCACCAGCUGGUACCAUUGGGUAUCUUGAUCCAGGUUAUGUGACCCCUGAUAAUUUGAGUACAAAAACUGAUGUUUUUAGCUUUGGGAUCUUGUUGUUAGAGAUUAUAAGUGGUAGGAAAGCUAUUGAUGUAGCACAUUCACCACCUUCUAUUGUUGAUUGGGCAAUCCCUCUUGUAAAGAAAGGGAAUAUUGUUGCUGUUUAUGAUCCAAGGAUUUUACCUCCUAAGGAUCCUAUAGUUAGGAAGCAAUUGGCUGUCAUUGCAGCUAAAUGUGUGAGGUCUUGUAGGGAGCGUCGCCCUGCAAUGAAAGAGGUGGUCGGUUGGUUAACUGGGUUAAGCAAAUUGGUUCCUUUUCAUUCAUGGAAUGGUUUCAACAAUCCAUGUAUGAUGGUGGAAACAGUGGGGCGUCCGGUCGAUUUUAGAAAUGCCCAGGAGAACUUGGAUGCAGUGCAUGGUACCUUGGCUGCCAAGGACUCGCGCAGAGUCUAUUCUGAUUUAGGCUUUAGGAGUAACUUGAUGGAACUUAUGGGCAUCACCAGCAUUGAUGGGGAGGCCAGCCAUAGAUUUGGUAACAAAAGCUACGGUAACCAAGUAAAGAGCCGAAAAAAGAAUGUUGGAAAUGAGAAGGGUGGUUUUGGUUUGAGGAGGAAUCAUUCAGCUGGUGAAAGCUGUGAACUGUUUUCAGGGAAAGGCGACGGGUUUUCUCAACCUAGUUUCAGUUCUCGGGCUGUAGGUGACAUGUAGUUCAUCAUGAAUUGUUUUUUUUACAUUGAAAUGAUUGGCAAUGGAGAGUAAAAGUUCAUGCUUUUUAGGUUCUCUUGGUUGCACCUCUAAUUCAUGUAUAUUUGUGGGUAACUUGUUCAACAACCAAUCAACAUUUUCAAGGUUCUUUAAAUUGUUACCAUCUUGGUGUGUAUAUGUUGAUUAGGAUAUUGCAUAUUGUCAUUUUAUACCCUUGUUUUUGCUGCAAAGCAUAGAUAUGAUGAAAAUGCUAUUAAAUCCAUAGAUGAGUUGAUUUCAAA